AUGCUCACUGCCACUUUUACCGUUCUUGCCGUCCACCUGCUCCUCGCUGCUGGGAUCCAGGGCAAAGUAACUAUGCGCCUUUACCAAGAUAAUAACUGCGAGACGCUUGUGCCUGGUACUGGAAAUACUAGUGUCGAGGCUAAUAGCUGCGACACUAAUGUCCGAACCGGAUGGUCUUCGGCCAAGAUCAUCAAGGGUAACUACGGCACUGUGACAUUCUACAGCCACAAUAACUGCGCUCCAAGCCAACCAAACCACGGAUACGAAGCUGUUAGCUCCGACUGCCUGAAAGACUUUGGCUUCGUAGCCAAUGCCGUUGGCUUUCUUGCCCAAUAUUCCAGGGUUUCCGGACAAUCAGGUAUGGAGAGGCUGUUUUACCUAAACAAAGUACAUAUUGCUGACUAA